UGGAAUGUUUUUCUUUGCAAGUCUUUCCCUUUGUGGUUGGUGAAUCCCAUGUGGCCACACACACGUUAGUCUCAGUGCCCCUCACUGCCCCCCAAGAGGACCCCUUAUAUAAAUCGGUGCUCCUUGGUUCAGUUGUUGUUGUUUUCUCCAGCGUCACAGCAUCACUGUCUCUCCUGCGCAAGGUAUGUGCUUCACUUUUUUUAUGUGACUUGGAUCUAGUGGACUUACAUGUUGCAUUGGUGGAAACUAGUUAAGAUGUGACUUUUAUGACUGGGUUUUUGGUCUUUCCUCUGCCGUGUGUUGGCAGAUGUAGAGGGAUGAAGCUAGCAACAGCAGAGUCCAGGAUUUUGUAGCUUAACUGUCAGAUAUGUGCCUGUGCUGUCGUGAAUCCUAUUUUACGUGGAAUUCAUUGACAUGGAGUCACAUCAAAUGAAUCAAUCCCGAUAACUCAGCAGACCUGUGAGGAUCCUGAGAGUGGAUAUGGUCACAAAAAGUGCAAAUAUGAACAUGAAUGUUCCCAUUAAACUAUACUGAAUAUUACAUUCUACAUUCAUCUUCACAGUUUUAUAUAUAUUGUCCUUGAUGGAUAGACCAGUAAACACCUCCAUGUUGGGCUGAUGCUGUCAGUUCUAAAAUAAUGCCUCCGUCUGUUGAUUCAACGCUGAGCCAGAAAAACAUUCAUCACUGAAGUGCGGAGAAGCAUUCCUCCCACAAUCCCUCAUCCUUCAUUUGUCUGGGUGCCAUGUUUACCCAGAUCCACAUCCUCCGAGUGUCUGUCUGUGAGGGGGAUCAGCGACAGAUCCACCGCCACUGCACACGUGCACAAGCGAUACAUUCCCCGUGAGCCAAGCAUUUUGACUUUUUCUUCUCAGUCUGUGUUGAACAUCCACUUCCAGCAGACUGCGACUGGAUCAGUGGCUAAUAGACUUGUCUAGCGUAAAUGGAAAGUCAGCUAAUCUCUCCAUCAUAUUAAAGCAGCAGGGCCGUUCAGCUAAUCCCUCACUCUUAUCCUGGUAACCAGAUGCUGCUGCAGCUGAAUCCCGGGACUCUCGUCUAUUCCAAGAUCAUUAGCUACAAAUGACUUCACACUUAAUCUUUGUCUUUGAACCAAAGCACCAGGCUGAGCUGAGUCAUGGUCCUGAGAUGGAUCCACACCCGAUCAGGCACUCGAGCAGGAUUCUCCUCAGCGACACUCAUGGAUACAUGUCUAAGCACAGGCUUCGGAAGAGGAAUCCAUCUCUUCUUUGACAGGAGCGAGGGGACGUUGCUGUGUGAGAUUUAGAUUGUAGAUCGUAGUCUGACCUGCUGCCUCAGCGCCCAUGUUUCCAUCGACUCGACGGGGGUUGGUGCAGCAGUUCAGGAGAGUGGGUUGUCCUGUAGCAUCCAAGUUUAGGUUCAUCUUCUUCAUUCUUUUACAGUUACUCUUAUUCUUAUGAUCAUCUUCAUUGUUGGAUCGGACCGUAUGAAUUUGUACCAAAGAUUUAUCCAUUCACUUACUUUGACUGCAAGGGCAAGCAGGAAGAUGUGGCUUUAUGAUUCUCAAUAUACGUACAACGGAAUCACUGAACUAAACUACUUUCAUGUGUCUAUGGUGAAAAGAAUGUGUCGUUCAACGUCGCUGUCACUGACCUGAAUUUUACCUACUAUCAUGAAAGCGUUUAAUUCCUUCAAAAAAAAAAAAAACAAUAAAUAAAAAGAUAAAUAAUUCCACACAACCUAUUCAGAAUCAGAAUCAGUUCAAUUUCAUUUUAUUGCCAUGGUCAGUUGGGAUCCCACUGGAAUAAAGUGCUGUCAAUAAAAAUAAAAAUAAAAAUAAACAGCUGAUGACGAAUUCAACAGUCUGACAGCCGAGGGGAAGAAGCUGUUCCUGUCACGGUUCUGGUCUGGAUCGACUGUACCUCCUGCCAUAUUUACUGCCUCCUUCUGUCUUUUUUCAGGACCUGUGUUUGCAGGGCAGCAAUGUCUGAGUUUGAUGAUCAUGGAGUCCAACCAGAGGGUGAGAGGGUGUCACUAUAUUGCCAGCCUCGUCUGAACCAUGUUGAUUCUGAAAUAUUCGCUCCACAGAGGACGAUGAGGAGCAAGGAGAGGGAGAAGGGCGCCCAAAAUACAACAGGCCCAUGGUCACACAGCUCGCGGCCCCCAAAAUCCCAGAGGGCGAGAGGGUGGACUUUGAUGAUAUCCACAGGAAGAGGAUGGAGAAAGACCUGCUGGAGCUGCAGACGCUGAUCGAUGUCCACUUUGAGCAGAGGAAGAAAGAGGAAGAGGAGCUGAUUGGUCUGAAGGAGAGGAUUGAGAGUCGAAGAGCAGAACGGGCCGAGCAGCAGAGAGUGAGAGCGGAGAAGGAGCGAGACAGACAGACCAGGAUCGCGGAAGAGAGGCAGAGGAAAGAAGAAGAAGAGGCCAAGAAGCGAGCAGAUGAUGAGGCCAAGAAGAAGAAGGUGCUCUCCAACAUGGGGGCUCACUUUGGAGGCUUCUUAGCUAAGGUGGAGCAGAGACGAGGCAAGAAACAAACUGCGCGGGAGAUCAAGAAGAAGACGCUGGCCGAGAGACGGAAGCCACUCGCCAUCGAGGACUUGCGAGAAGACGGUCUUCGGAAAAGAGCCAAUGAGAUGUGGACCAACAUCUACGAGCUGGAGUCGGAGAAGUUCGACCUGACGGAGAAGAUGAAGCGGCAGAAGUAUGAGAUUAAUGUGCUGCUGAACCGAAUCCAACACGCCCAGAAAUUCAAAAAAUGCCACGGCAAGGGGAAGGUGGGAGGGCGCUGGAAGUGACCCGGCCAGGCGAUGCCGUCUUGAACUACUGGCCGUGUUUCUGUGUGAAUACUUAGUCGUGAUUCAGUUCUGUGACAGAAUCUGAAAU